AUGGAUCAAUAUGACACCAAAGAAGAUGUCAUGAGACUAGGCAUCGUUGACCCAGAGCUCGAAGAAAUUCUCAAGCACACUCCACCACUCAAGUUGGACUUCUCACACCCCGUUGAACUCAUGCGAGAAGCAGUCUCAGCAAUGGAAAAGAAAAUACAUGAAUCUUGCCCAUCAUUCGACACACAAGAGACCGUCCUCGAGAUCCCAAUGCGUGAUGGCUACCAAAGUGAACUCCGCAUCACCAAGCCCCCAAACUCAUCAGGCAACCCAGUCGUCGUCCUGAUCUUCGGUGGCGCCUUUGUGAUGGGCACGAACAUCCAGUCAACCAUCUGGGCCCGCACAAUCGCUUCAUUAUACGGCGCUACUAUCGUUCAACUAUCAUAUCGUCUCGCCCCAGAGCACCCCUUCCCAACUGCCCCAAAUGACAUAUGGGAUAGCGUGAAGUGGAUAGCCAAGAACGAAGCAAUCCUCGACGCAGACUUAACCAAAGGCUUCGUGCUAGGCGGCGGAUCAGCAGGCGGGAACCUCUCAGUCGUCACUGCCCAUCGCUCAAUCAAAGAAAAACUAUCUCCGCCAAUCACCGGCGUGCUUGCUAGUAUACCGGUAUGCAUGAGCGCAGAGACAGUUCCGGAGAAGUAUAAGGAGAUCUGGGUAUCACAAGAGCAAAAUGCCAAUGCACCAGGAAAUCCAGGCCUCCAUUCAGAGUCAAAGGGUGGAUAUGAGACUAUGUAUAAGCAGGACUUCUUGUCAGAGGACUUUACGCCUUUCGCUUCUACAGCUCCGUUCUCUGCUAUUCCACGCACGUACGUCCAAGUCGCGGGUUUGGAUGUUCUUCGGGACGACGGUAUUGUUUAUGCGAAGACUUUGAAGGAUAGUGGUGUUGAUGUGAGACUUGAGGUUUAUCCUGGUGUGCCGCAUGGUCACUUCAAUCUGUGGCCUCGUUUGAAGCAGUCGAUCAAGUCUCAGGAGGAUACUAUCUGGCAUGCUGGCUGGCUUUUGGGUCGUGAGGUGCCUAGGGAACGAGUGGAGGACAUUGUAGCGGUUGUUUUGAAGUAA